AUGGUCAAGAUUACUUUUGCCCUGGCGACGGCCUUUGCCAUCGCAGCGCAAGCUGCCAUACAAGCAGGCAGCCCACAAGGAGAUCACCCGGACUACAGUGCACAACAAAAUUAUCAGCCCAAAAAUCUUCCAAUGCCACUGCCAAACAGUACAUAUUCCAAGUCUACCUUGUCGGGAUCAUCAGUAGCUUCUUCCGGCUCCGCUGGCACCUCCCCCGCCUCCUCCGCUACAACACCUAACUCUCCCAUCACCAACUCUUCUCCUGUUGGUACUGGAUCGAGCUCUAUUCCGUCAAGUGCGGCUAGCUCAGGAUUCUCGAUCGCAAGCAACUCUAGCCUACCGGUGGGAUACUCAACCGUCAAGGAAUAUACUACAGAGAUCGUUUAUGUUACAGUCACGACCUGUCCCGUCACCAAGACCCAUGGUAGCGGCGCGUCUGCAUCUGUGGAGGUCACACAAACCACUUCAACAUUGACGAUCACUAGCACCAGCACAAUCUGCACCCAAUGUGUUGCUCCUCCAGGCACCGCUGCGCCUUCAACCAUUUAUCCUUCCGACACUGGCAAGAACGGCCCCAUUGCGCCAUACCCCACUGGUGGCUCAUCAGCGCCCAUUGGCACAGGAACCGCUCCAGGCGGCACAGGCUCGUCUGGCCCAAGCACGAUCACAACAGAUAUCACCUCUGGCGGAGAGGCUGUUACCCUGACCUACACCCUAGGCGCUGGUUCCUCCACAACGGUUGUAACCACAACAAUCAAGAACACCAAGACACAGACCAACACUCACGUAAGCCUCUCCCCGUUUCCCGUCUUCCUCCCUACUUUCAAAGACCCUCAUACUAACACCUUUCAGACUGUCUACGCAACCGCGUCUCCUGGCGCCGGCUCUUCACCCGAGCAAACAACUCCCGAAAACGGUUCCGAGGGCUCAGGCUCUAACUCCUCCCCCGAGAACUCCGCCGGUUCCUCUCCUGAGGAAUCCGCCGAGGAGACCUCAACCAUAAAACACUACAUCACCUCCACCCAAUACGUGACCGCGCGCCCCUCCACCUGCCCGGCCCAAGUCACCGUCACAGUCCCAGGCCCAGAUGUCACCGUCACCGUCACCUCAAUGGGCCAGCCACCAUCGAACGUGCCAGGUGGUCCGGGAUCAUCUUCGCCACCCCCAUUCCCCACAGGUGGACAAAACAGCACGCUCCCCGGCACGUCGAGCUCGGGCUUCAUCACGAUCCCCAGCGCGAGCGCGAGCUUCAACCCAAGCCCCUAUUCGAAUUUGUUUCCUGAGCCGAGCGUGAAGGCGAGGAGAUAG